CCUCUCCCUCUCUCAAUCUCCCUCUCGCUCUUUCGAUCUCCCGAUCAUCUUCGAGGACUACGUUAUCGGAUUUUCGAAGGUAGAUGACAUGGUCUUAACGUGCGCUACUUCAAAAUUCAAAGUUUCCGAUCUUCUUCCCUUUUUACUUCCAUUUUCGUCCCAGUUUCUGCCUGAUUUGCUUCUUUAAUCGAUCCAUUUCCGAUCUUUUCAUCGGGAGAAUGCAGAAUCAUUCAGAACUCGCUGCGUCGGCAUCUUUCUCAAUGAGGAAGCUUAAUCCCGAGGGAUCUUCUUUGAUGAAGAAGCCGAAUUUCGAGAUGCGCAGUGUCAGCAGUGCGGGAGAACGGCGGGAAGCUGCUAUGGAGAGGAAGGAGUAUCCGAUCAGGGCUGAUGAAUAUAUGCUGAUGGAGGAGGUGGGCUAGGGCGUCAGUGUGUCUGUUUACCGUGCGCUUUGCAUCCCAUUUGAUGAGGUUGUCGCAAUCAAGAUCCUCGAUUUCGAGUGGAAUAACAGUGAUCUGUUCAUCUAAUCGCCCUGUUGAGUUUGCUACACUGCAUGCAUGAAUGAUCUGGUCUUGCGGCGAUUGUGGGAGUGGUUGCCUAUAUCCAUGACAAAGAUCUCUUUUUUGAGUUCUGCAAGGAGAAGCCAAAGACAGUUCACAUUCUAAUAGGCGAGAAGCUCUAUGUUUUUUAUACGGCGAUGGUUUGUGACAAAUGUGUUGAUGGCUUCGAUCAUCACUGCAUGGUAUCUAUAUGGGAGAGAUUUGCUUCUUGCAUUAGAGUUAAAUAUCAUGAAUGAUUAUAUGUUGUCAGGUUUUUUACUGAAAUGGUUGGCUCUCUACAAGGCCCAAGAAGUCACUGGGAGGAUUCUGGCAGUCCAUCUGAGAGGAACAGUGUUCCUGAAUUACUGGUUUGAGAUGCUGGGAGCUAGGGUCGGAUCAUUGGUUCUGCUUGACACUGUCGAUAUUACGGACCCCACUCUAGUUUUGAUUGGAAAUGGAGCUGUGAUUGCAGAAGGGGCGAUGGUUCAAAGCCAUGAGGUGAGGGAUGGAGUUUUAAGCUUCAUGCUGGUAAAGAUUGGACAGAAUGUUUCGGUCGGUCCUUACUCUGUGAUUCAGAAAGGAAGUGUUUUGGGAGAUGAAGCUGAGGUUCCUCCCUUGCAGAAGACAGAGAGGAAAAACUGUGUUUAGAAACCAAAAGGCUGGUAAAAUUCGGAAGGGUGAAAUGCACUGAGAGCUCCCGGUUACAUUUACUGCCUUUUACCACGUCAUGGGCAUCUAUGCGGUUGGUUUCCUCAGUUCCCUCUCUGCAGCUAUCCUUUACUUCCUCUACAUCCAUUUAUACAGAGUUUCUUUUACUUCAACAUUGAUAUGGUCGUUUGUCUUUUUAAUGCUACUGUAUUCAUAAAUUUGUCACUAUAACUCCAAGAUAAUGGUGGCUUAAUGUUGCUAAGGUGAACUACUAUGAUCUAUUUCUCAGUUGCAAGUAUUGCUCAUUAUUAAUCUUUUGUGCAGGUUGGAGUGGCUACCUUUGACCUGAGGUUAGCCUCACUUCAUCUUUCACAGUACAUUGAAACAAGCAGUUCGUAACAAAAUACGAAGACUACUACAUUUUUAUGAUCCCGUGGUGAUCAUUUCCCACCCGAACAAGCUCGCACCAGGUGGUAUGGUUGGAGUUUCGGAGCUGGCUGAUAGAUGUUAUACAUCAACCAAGAAUGUGCUGAUUCUUGAUGACAUUCUGGGUUUUGAUAGUCUUCUUUCAAAUGUUCACCUUAACACUAAAUUGCGCAGGUUAUCAUGGCUCGUGGGUGCUUUGAUGAUACUAAGGUUGCAGAAGAAACCUCUUGUUCUUUUGAUUUUUUUUAAAAGGAUUUUGGAUGUCAUAAUUAUGUUUAUAAGUAGCUUUUCAUCAAUGUUU